AUGACUAUUAUGUCAAACAACAAAGAUCUGACCGGCAAAGUUGCUAUCGGUACUCCACUUGAAGCCCACCCAACCCCUAAACUCGAAGCUACCACCACCCAUCAAAACACACAGAUACUAACAAAAUCCUACUUACACAGUCACCGGCUCCAGCCGUGGCAUCGGCGCCUCAAUAAUUCUCAAGUUCGCCUCACGGGGCGCAGAUGUCGCAAUAAACUACAUUUCAUCCAAGGAAGCCGCCGAAUCCGUCGCAGCCCAAGCCCGCGCAUAUGGCGUUCGCGCCAUAACCCUCAAAGCCGACGUAUCAAGCGAGACCGAAGUACCAGCGAUGUUCGAGACCCUGAUGAAAGAUUCGGCCGUCUCGAUAUCGUCGUCAGUAACUCCGGCAUCGAGCAUUUCGGCUCCUUGACCGAAGUGACGGGUGCCGACAUCGAUGCCGUUUUCGCGGUUAAUGUCAAGGGGCAAUAUUUUGUUGCUCAGCAGGCGUAUAAGCAUAUGGCGGAUUUUGGGAGAGUUAUGCUUACAUCGUCUAUCUCUGCUGUGAAGGGCGUUCCUGAGACAUGCAUGGAUUUUGGACCGCGCAAUAUCACGGUGAACUGCAUUGCUGCUGGUGGCGUGAAGACUGACAUGUAUACUGAAAUGUCCGCGAAGUACAUUCCCGGCGGAGCGGAUAUGAGUGAAGGCGAGAUUGAAGCCAUGUUGUCGAAGUGGUCGCCACUUGGUCGAGUUGGACUUCCGGAGGAUGUGUCUGGUGUUGCCGCAUUGAUUGCUAGUCCCGAUUCUCAAUGGUUGACUGGUCAGACGUUCCAAGUAUCGGGUGGAGCGUAUAUGGUUUAG